AAGGCACGGCAUGAUACCAAAACUCCAAACCGUGUAAUCCCAAGUCAUCGUCCCACACCAACCACCACUUCCCUCUACAGCACGAGAAAGUCAAAAUUUUUUGUACAUCUCAAUGCCGUGUUCACACUUGCACGUCUCUUUCUGGAUUUAUUUUUUUUCAAGAUCUAGGUUGUCGCCCCUCAUCAUAGUUCGGAAGUUUUAACCCUUUUUCAUGACAAAAUUACAGUCUCUUCUCAAAAUCAUCAAUACCCAGUAUUCAAAGGAGUAAAACUUGAUCUAUAUUGUGCAAUUUUCAAUCAAACCCAGUUGUCAUUCAGUUGUUUCUAAUCCAAUGUGUAAUGGGUUAGAGCUGGAAUGAACGGAAAUUAUGGAAAGAUUGCUGCUUUAUUAUAUUAAAAUUAAGGGACUUGCCAAAUGAGUGCAAACCAAUAUCAAGUCAUUAAUUGUCAAUGGAUAUGUUGUGUUCACACACUCUUUGAAAAGACAACAAAGAAGAAGACUUUCCAAUUUCCUGCCUCUCUUUGUUCUUGCGUCAUCCCUUCAAUUCUUUUCCCAUUUCUUCUAUCACCUAUUCCUAUAUGAAACUCUCUUCUUCUCUACCCAACUCAGAACACUACUUCUCCUUUUUCAAUACCUUGCUUCCGUCGUCAUUCAGCCAAAUGAAUGAAUCCAACACCAUGAGGAAGCGGCAAAGUAAAGAUAGGCAAGAAAGCUAUGAGGAUGACACCAAUUCAUUUGAAGAAGACAGCAAUAACGGCGGCAGCAGCAGCAACAAGAAGAGGAGAAAACCGUUGAAAGGUAUAAUCACAUCAUUGAUGUUACUGAAUGAGCAAGAAAAGCGCGAUCAAGAAGAGCAAAACAAGGCCUCAUCUGAGGAGAAGCAAUCACUUGAAGAAAACCAUAAGAAAAAGGCUAGAACAAUGGUCGAAUAUUAUUCCAAUCUUCAAGAUUACUCCACUGAAAUUGAAGAAACGGAACGAAUCAAGCGCAAGAAGUCACGGGCAGUAGCUGCUGCGGUCGCUAUUUCUGCUGCCUCUAAUGGACUGGCUAGUAAGGGAAGUGGUGAUGCAAAGCAAGGGACUGGGGGUCAACACAGACGAUUAUGGGUGAAAGACAGAGACAAAAAAUGGUGGGAUGAAUGCAAUCACCCAGAUUAUCCUGAGGAGGAGUUCAAGGAAGCGUUUAGAAUGAGCAAGGCUACUUUUGACAUGAUAUGCGAUGAGCUACAUUCAUUUAUUGCCAAAGAGGAUACCACUUUGCGAAAUGCUAUUCCUGUCAAGCAAAGAGUUGCAGUCUGUAUUUGGAGAUUAGCCACUGGUGAACCUCUUAGACUCCUAUCUAGGAGGUUUGGUUUAGGUAUUUCUACUUGCCAUAAAUUGGUGCUUGAAGUUUGUUCUGCUAUUAGAAAUGUUUUAAUGCCUAAGUAUUUGCAAUGGCCUGAUGAGGAUAGUUUGAAAAAGAUAAAAAAUGACUUUGAAUCAAUUUCUGGGAUACCUAAUGUUGUUGGGUCCAUGUAUACUACUCAUAUUCCUAUUAUAGCUCCAAAGAUUAGUGUUGCAGCUUAUUUUAACAAGAGGCACACUGAGAGGAAUCAGAAAACAUCCUACUCUAUUACUGUUCAAGGUGUUGUUGACCCAAAAGGGGUCUUUACUGAUGUGUGCAUUGGUUGGCCUGGUUCUAUGCCUGAUGAUCAGGUAUUAGAGAAGUCUGCCUUGUAUCAAAGGGCUAAUGGAGGUCUUCUGGAUGACGUUUGGAUUGUUGGGAGUUCAGGGUGCCCUUUAAUGGAUUGGGUUUUGGUGCCUUACACGCAGCAGCAUUUGACGUGGACUCAGCAUGCUUUUAAUGAGAAGAUUGGGGAAAUUCAAAAGGUUGCUAAGGAUGCCUUUGCAAGAUUGAAAGGGAGGUGGAGUUGCUUGCAGAAAAGAACAGAGGUGAAACUACAGGACUUGCCGGUGGUUCUUGGGGCAUGCUGUGUAUUGCAUAAUAUCUGUGAAAUGCGUGAAGAGGAACUGGAUCCAAAGCUGAAUAUUGAGCUUGUUGAUGAUGAGACGGUGCCUGAGGUUGCUAUUAGAUCAGUAAAUUCAAUGAAGGCCAGGGAUGCUAUUGCUCAUAAUCUCUUGCACCACUGUCAUGCAGGCACUGGUUUUCUAUAAUUCUCAGUUUCAUUCCUCUUGAUAUUGGAAUUCUUUCGCAUAUUGUAUUUUUUUUUUUUUUUUUACAGUUGUAUUGUCGAAUAACACCAUUGUCAUUCAACUAAAUUUGUCGAAGGGGCUAUGUAAACGACGUGUGCCCCCAAAACAAAUAGCUGAUAGUAGCCUUUAUAGGUUUAAGUUAUACAUAUAUAUCACAGUAACAUUAAGUAACCUUACUCAAAUUCAAAAUAAAGGAUGGAUGAAAUUGACAUUGUAA